UGUGACUGUCAGCGCAGCUGUUUCUACGACAAUUUUACAUGCAAAUGCAUUUUGAUGAGUUUCAAAUUACAAUAUAGUGCGGCGUGUUCAGUUUAGAGAUAUGCUGCUGAGAAUGUGUCGCAUCUGCGGAAAAACCAAUAUUUGUGAUAAAAGUAAAAAUCUAUUUGAACCGAGCAACAGGAAGUUACUGGGGCACAUUCAAAUGUUAACUGGAUUGCGGUUGAGUGCUUUAGAAGAUGCUCCCAGCUCCAUUUGCUUUUGCUGUCAAGCUGACCUCAAGUUGGCCAUGUCUUUUCGGCGGCUUUGCAUCAAAACACAAAAGAAAUGGCAUCCAUCAAUUGAAGUCCAUGAGGACUCGUCCUUAAGUGAGCAGGAGAGUUUAAUAAAAAGCCCUGUACCAAAAAUCUCUCAGAAAUGCAAUGAGCUAUACUUAGACAGCGAUUCAGAUGAGGAACCACAGCAAACCGUGCAAGUUUUAAUUAAAGAAACCAGAAUACACAAACAUUUGAUCAAUGAUGAAACAGCUCAGGAACACGAUCAUCUCGACUUGAAUUGGAUGCAAGUACAUAAAGAUAUCGAGACCUACGACAUAGACGACAACGAAGACAUUGAAGACGACGAUAGUGAUGAAAAACACAUUCCUAACCAACAAAAUAUCGAACAUUCCACACAGCCUCACCGGAAACUCCUGAAAGCGAAUCAGGAGACUGCUAUCUACAUUUGCGAGCUGUGCGGAACACACGUAAAAACAAAAGCCUCUUUUGAGCGCCACAUACGCAAACAUACCGGAGAACGUCCCUUUGGCUGCGAGAAAUGCGAGGCGCGUUUCUUGACGGCAGCUGAACUGCGAUCACAUGGUCUCACCCACACUGGUGAACGACCGUAUCCAUGUCGUUAUUGUGAUCGCCGAUAUGUCAGCUAUAUGGGCCGACUGAAGCACGAAAGACUUCACACCAAUGAGCGUCCAUUUGUCUGUACGGAAUGCGGCAAGGCUUUCACCAAUACCUACAUUCUCAAGAACCAUAUGCUGGUUCAUACGGGUGAACGUCUUUUCAGAUGCGAUUUGUGCGAUCGCGCUUUCUCGCGUCCAACGCACUUAAAAACACACUAUCGCUCGAAUACCCACAAGCAUAAUUUGGAGAAAUCCAGUGCUGAGCAACUGCAGCCGGUUAAGACGAAUGAACUACAAACGACAGAUGAUAUUGUCUCACUUUACGAUUCUAUCGAAGAUACACAGGUUCAAUUAAUAGCUACUGUUGACGUAACUUAAGAACAACAACAUUAUUGUGCAAUAUUUAGUCUUUAAGUAAUUUGGUGUCAGACACAACUCGAUGCCUAAGAGUAAAUGAAUAAACUGUUUUUAGGAGGCAUU